GCGUCAAAUGUAUCAAUUAAUAAAUCAAGUCGCUGAAGAUACAGCAAAUCAUCUCAAGAAAGAAACUAAUUCCAAUCCCAAUGAUGGCAUCGAAAUUGAGUUCAAAGAUUAUUGUGUUUGUUUUACCAGUGAUGUUAUAGCUUCUGCGGCAUUUGGUUUGCAAGUGAAUUCGCUGGAAGAUAGAAAUAACGAAUUUUUCGUAAUGGGUAAGAAAGUGACUCGCUUUACUGCCUGGCAAAAUAUCAAGUUCUUUUUAUUUGGCAAUUUUAAGACAAUUAUGAAGUUACUUAAAGUUGAACUAUUCGAUAAAAAAUAUUCCGAUUACUUUAUGAAUCUAGUACUUGAUACCAUGAAAUAUCGUGUAGAUCACAAAAUAUCACGACCUGAUAUGAUUAAUAUACUUAUGGAGGCACGUGGUCUAAUCAAAUCUGAACAUCCAAAACCCAAUCGAGAGUGGACUGAUAUCGAUAUAGUAGGUCAGUGUUUCUUGUUCUUUUUUGCGGGCUUCGAAACUGCAUCUGUGUUAGUGUGCUUUGCAUUACAUGAACUUAUGGAAAAUCCAGAAACACAAGCAAAACUUUAUGAAGAAAUUCAAAAUCUUACAAGAGAUAUUAAAAGCAAAGCUCCAACAUAUGAACAGUUACAAGGUAUGAAAUACUUGGACAUGGUUGUAUCAGAAGUAUUAAGAAAAUGGCCAGCAGCUGCGACUAUUGGUCGUGAAUGUAAUAAGGAUUUCGUUUAUGAAGAUGAUAAUGAAAAAAUUGAAAUUAAAAAAGGUGAAAGUAUUUGGAUACCAAUUGCUGGCAUACAUCGUGAUCCAAGAUAUUAUGAGAAUCCAGAAAAGUUCGAUCCAGAACGAUUCAGUGAAGAAAACAAAGACAACAUUAAGCCAUUCACAUAUUUGCCAUUCGGAUCAGGACCACGAAUUUGUAUUGCCUCCCGUUUUGCGCAACUAGAAGCAAAGGCCUUGAUUUAUUUUUUAGUACGUGAUUUCUCCAUUAAGCAAACCUCAAAAACUACAAUUCCAAUGGAACUGUCAGCUGCCACAUUCCAACUUAUACCUAAGUCUGGUUUCUGGCUUAAACUGGUGCCAAGAAUUCAAUAAAAAAUUUGUAUACAUAUUAUAUAAUUUUUA